CCGGUAGUUCCGGUACAUUUGUCCGCACCAGCAGCGGGGAGAUGUCGGUCCAGGACAAGGUUGCGCGGCUGCUGAGCCGGCAGAACGGAAAACCGGUCCUGAAGCCGAACCGAGCUCUGGUUCUGAAAGACUCCGUGGCGAUUCGCAGACUCCGGAAAGGCGAGGCCACCUGCAUCACUGAGAUGUCCGUCCUCAUGGCCUGCUGGAAGCAGAACAACUUUGUUGACGGCCUGUGCUCCACUGAGAUCAGCAGUUUCUACACCUGUGUAUCUAAAGCUCAGGCAGCGAUGAGGAAUCAGUCAGAGGAGAGUCUCCAUCAAGGGCGUCUGCCUCCAAAACAAGCCCUCACCCUGCUGAAGAGGUUCCCCAACAUCCAAUCAGAGAUCUGACCUGUCACCUGCACACCGUCCAAGGCAAAGAACUGGGCUUCUACAAUUGGGUUCAAGGUGUUGAACCGGGUCAGCUGUUGUAUGACUGAGAUUAUGUUAAUUUUUAAUAAAUUAUUUAACCAUA